AUGGCGGCCAACCGCCAGGUGGCGCCACUUAGCCGGAAACAUCCCUUGAAACGCGCCAUCGCCGACCUCGACAACUUGAGGCAGCAGUUAACAAAACUGAAGCAGGAACAUGAAGUCGUACAGAUCGAAGUCGACAGAUUUCGCAACGACAUCAGGAAGUUGAAGAGCGAGCUACAGUACAGUGAAAAGCGGAGGAUGCACGCUGAAGAGCAAGAGGAGUUGUCAAGCCGCGAGCGUGCGCAGUUAAGAGACGAGCUCACGGCACUGCGCACGCACAACAACGACCUUAUGACCAAUAACAAAGCUUUACAAGAGGCGUGUACGUUGUUGGAGGACCAAUUGACAGAAUCGGAGAAAUUAACAGAUUUACAUGAAGUGAAAAAUAAAGAUCUUGAGAGCGAGACGCAGCGCAUGCGCAGCGAGCUGGAGGCGUGCCGGGCGCGGCUGGAGGGUGCUGAGCGUGCUGCGGCAGAGCGCGCCACCGCCGCCGGGCUGGCCGCACAGCGCGCGACCAGGCCAGGAACGUCUGGAGAGUCGCGAGGCGCUCGGCUGGCGGCGCUGGAGGGCGAGCGCAGUGCGGCGGCGGCGCGGCGAGUGCGCGACCUGCAGGAGGAGAGCGCCGCGCUGCAGCUGCAGGCCAGCCUCGCUGAUGCACAGGAGGAGGCGGCGGCGGCGCGCGAGGCGAGCGAGGCGGCUAGCGCGUGGUGGCGCACUAGAGAGACCAAGGCGGACGCAACUUCAGUCCAAAGUGGAGGAAGCGAAUCGCAAGAAAUGUUCACUGAGCAACAAAUUGUUCGGUCGGUCUGGACGUCGGGCAGCCGCCUCGCCACCUCGCCACCUCGCCACCUCGCCACCUCGCCACCUCGCCACCUCGCCACCUCGCCACCUCGCCGCCUCGCCACCUCGCCACCUCGCCGCCUCGCCGCCUCGCCACCUCGCCACCUCGCCACCUCGCCACCUCGCCACCUCGCCACCUCGCCACCUCGCCACCUCGCCACCUCGCCGCCUCGCCACCUCGCCACCUCGCCGCCUCGCCGCCUCGCCACCUCGCCACCUCGCCACCUCGCCACCUCGCCACCUCGCCACCUCGCCACCUCGCCACCUCGCCACCUCGCCGCCUCGCCACCUCGCCACCUCGCCGCCUCGCCGCCUCGCCACCUCGCCACCUCGCCACCUCGCCACCUCGCCACCUCGCCACCUCGCCACCUCGCCACCUCGCCACCUCGCCACCUCGCCACCUCGCCGCCUCGCCACCUCGCCGCCUCGCCACCUCGCCGCCUCGCCACCUCGCCGCCUCGCCGCCUCGCCGCCUCGCCACCUCGCCACCUCGCCACCUCGCCACCUCGCCACCUCGCCACCUCGCCGCCUCGCCACCUUUUAAUUCCGCACAGACGAAGUCGCGGGUGA